AGGGAGGAAAUGAGGAGAGAAGGAGAAAGAUGGGAGAGACCGUCACAGGAAGAGAAGCAGGAAGAUGAAAAUUUAGACGAGGAAGAAGAAGAAGAAGCAAGGAAAAUAAUAGAAGGGGAAAAUAGAGAGGAAGAUGAUAAUGACGAAGAAGACAAAAAUGAAGAAGAAGAGCAGGAUGUAGACGAAAACGGUGUUGAUGAAGAGGAAGACGGCGACGAUAAUGAAGAGGUAGGAGAGGGAGAAGCGGCGGAAGAUGAUGACCAAGAAUAUGGUGGCUCCGGCUCCGGCUCGGAUAAAGUGGAGGAAGAGCAGGAUGAGGAGGAAGAGGAGGAGAAAGAGGAGCCAGAGGAAGAAGAAAACGAGAGAGUUCCUUCACCCAAAUAUGACGGGUAAAUAAAAUCUGCGAAAAGAAAACCGUCAUAAAGAAGACUCAUAACCUACAGAGGAUCUUUUACUUCACCGCCAGCAGAACGAGCACCACCCAUUGUCAUACGCUCCAACCUUUCAGCCUGCGUCAGAUAGCGAGAUGGCAAAGAGUUGGAGAGAGACUUCUGUUUCUUUUUCUUCUGACUUUUUUCUUACUUUCAUUUUCUUUCUUUUAUUGUGCAAU